AUGAGUUUGUGCAGCGAUGGAAGAAUAUUAGAUAAAAUAGUAUUGCAGAAUCCUCAACCUGUUUGGAAUAAGAUGAGUGAAUUGAUAAAAUUGUGUUUUUCUGAACGCACAAAUCCGGUUGUCAUUACUGAUGAUUUAGUUGACGCAAUCUAUGGACUUUCACGAGAUAUCGAUCAUCCAAAUGUCAACGUCAUUGACCGCAACUAUCAAGCAAGACAAAUUCAGAUAUUCAACCGCGCUUAUCCGACGUAUAUUCUUUCCGCUAAUUCAGCUAGUCAAUUGAAAGAUCUGUUACAUGCAUUGAAGUCAUCGCCGACAUGGAGCAUUAAAUCUGUAUUUUUUAUCAUUGGAACCAACGCAGAAUCUUGUGGCAACGCUUCGAAAAUGCUCCAAGUUCUCUGGGAAUUGAAUUUGAUCUCAACAUUUUACGUUUGCUACGAGCCGAAUAAUAAAGAGUUGAUGAUGCUGUACACGUAUAAUCCUUUUACCAACCGAGCUCCUGAACCGUGGGCGGAAGUGGAAUCAACCGACAGGCCAGACGAUCGAUGGACUCUCUACAAACAGCCUUAUAUAAAUGACAAAGGAGCUUGUAAAAGUUUUAACUAUGACAAAACAAAAUCUCUAGAUGGUUACGAAGUAAAAGCUGUUAGUAGAUCAUUCUCGAAUUAUACGCGUGGUAAAAAAUACGAUAUUGACUCUUUACAAAAACAUAACAAAUUUGAAGAUGAUAGUUAUGCGGAAACCUUAUUUUCUGCUUUAAAUGUCACGCCCAUCAUAUACUAUGAUCAAAAAGGUUAUCGGAUUAAUCAUACUGCAUCUGGGGAUUUGAAGGGAUUAAUGGAUAGACUAUAA